CCUUACUCGUCGAAUACUUUUCUACAAAUGUACACCAAAGAGAAGAAUAAAAAAUAAGUAGAUUACCUAUUAUUCUGUCAAUGAAUGUUAUUUCUGUCAAAAUUCCAACGAGUAUAAUAAGUCUAUGGGAAAAAUUCUCAAAACAUGAUGAAUGUUUUAAACAAUAUGUUAAAUUACUUAUAGAUACGUACUUAACACGACUCAAAAUGAGUUUAUUAAAUAGCCGUCACAAUAAAAAUGUACAAUAAUCAAGAAUGGAAGAAAUUUUCACACAAUUACAAAUUAGGGGAUACAAUAACAUUGAAAAUCUCAUCAAAUGGAUGGCCAAAGCGCGUGUAAUAGAUCCAUCUCAAAGGGACACUGAAAAAUGGCUAGUCGAACACUUCAGAGAUAUUCCUAAUACGAAAAAUAUAACGCUAGAUAAAUUUAAAGAAAUAGUCAAUAUUUUUGCUGAAGAACAAAAUAAAUCCAUGGAAGAAAUGUCGGCCAGGCUAGGUAAACAAAUACCUGCGGUGCUUGAUCAAGUAGACUCCAGUCCUGGUAUCUACGUAGCUGCGCCUGGAUCAGAGAAACUCGCAAUAUUCUCCCGUGUCACCGUCUGUAGCGAUAUGAGCACCGUCACUGACUACAGCCAACUUAUCAACCAAGAUGACAGUAAUGGCGAGGUCGCCACCAGUGUCACUAGCAGUAUUGGCGGGGUGCCUGUAUGUAGUCAAGGUGCGGUAGCCGACAGUAGCCAGGGUGAAGUAACCGCCGGUAGCCAAGGCGAUGUUACCGACUGUAAUAUUCAGAUAGUUACCAGCAGCCAGGCCGAGAUCUCUGACUCUGAUACCAGUUCAUGUGAAACCACUUCUCAGUCUAAUAAAUCGGACGAAACUUGAUGAAUGAAAUAUUAAUCAAGUCGCAAAUGUUUUAAAUUUUGUUUUAUUUAUUAUUGAAUAAUAAUCUG